GACACACAGGUUUGACAUCAGUGUAAAUAGUAAAAAAUCUCUGUUUUGGCGAAUAAGAAAUUCAAGUUACUUUUUCUAUUAGACAAUUUUAUUAUUAUUCAUUUAACGAAAUGGAAGGUGAUGAUUUAAGUGGUGAUAUAGUAAGAUUUACUCAUGACACAUUUAUUGUAGAUGACGACACGUACGUUGUUAAGAGUGACGAUGGUUUGGAUCAUGAUGGGAAUAACUCUGAUUCCAACAGUGGAUUUAAUAAGUCAGGUCCCCUCAGAGAACAGGACCGUUUCUUGCCUAUUGCAAAUAUUGCCAAAAUUAUGAAACGAGCAAUACCUGAUAAGGGCAAAAUUGCAAAAGAUGCCAGAGAAUGUGUACAAGAAUGUCUAUCAGAGUUUAUAUCAUUCAUAACAAGUGAAGCAAGUGACCGCUGCCAGACUGAAAAAAGGAAAACAAUAAAUGGGGAGGAUGUGUUAUAUGCAAUGAAUGCACUUGGAUUUGAUAAUUAUGUCGAGCCACUGAGAACAUAUCUUAAGAAGUAUAGAGAAAUAGUUUUGUCACCAGUAACAAUAAAUAAAUUGAAUAAAACAAUAGUAUUGUAUGGAACUGAGGAGAUAGCAGUAGCAUCAGACAAUGAACAUGACUCACAAUCGGGAAUAUUCACUUACCAAUAAAAUAUUGAAAUUUUGUGUGAAAAUAUUAUUGCUUUCACUAUGAUUGAGAAUACAUUAUUAAAGAAAGCCCCUUAUAUAAUUUGUACAUCUAAAUAGAGUCUCUCGCUGUUAGACAACCAAUAAAAACAGGCCAGGAAUAUUAGUUUAGUGUGUGUGACAAGCUACAUCUUACACUUGCGAUUUGUAUGACACUUUGUGUGUGUGUGCAUUGCUCAAAAUAGAGGUUAGUUCUAAACUAAAUUUUUUCGACGUUUUCACACCUUCAUCGUAAACAAUAGAAAUAGAUAAAUCUAGAUGUAUAAAUGAUCUAAGGAAAACUAUAUACUAUGUCAAGUGUAAGUUUGCACAUAAAUGGAGGCAGUUUUGACAUUCUGAAGCCUUACAUACCAUUUUAUAAAAAAAACGAUUACAGAUAAAUAAUUAUGAAGAAUUUUGAUGAAAACUGCAUUUCAAUUAGCUAAUAUUCAUUUAUAAUAUAUCUUUUUUUUAUGCCACACCUCAACUUAUAUUUAACAUGUCUAAACAUGGGAAGUAAAAAAGCAAACUUCUUGGUUCGCUAAGCAAUCGCUAUAGUUGAUAUUAGAGUGGUUUGAUUGAACUGCUUGCACAUAAUGUCUAUGGCCCAUGUUUGGACGAAAAUUAAUAGUCUUAUAUUUUGAUUUUGGUCUAUAAAAAUUAUGAAGUGAUCAUUAAGAUGAUUAAGUAUUUUUAUUUUAUAAAAUAUUGUAACAAAUAUACAUAUAAAAAUUUAA